AUAUUCCGCUGCACCAACGAAGUCAUUUCUAUGCUCAAUAUAUUAUCACAGAUUGUUGAGUACAUAAGUAUGAUAAGCCUAGCCUAUAUAACGGAUAGCGGCGUUGAACGACCGCCGUUAUUAGCGCAUUAGGAAGUUCUACGAUCUACAUUUACUGGAUUGCAGUAGACAUAUAAAAAAUUGUAUAACAUACAUUUUAAUACACUAAAUGUAACAUAUAGUUUAUUUAUAUAUCGUAGUAUAUCCUAUGAAGGCUUUUAAAUAAGUUUUAUUAACAUUUAUUGUUAUAAAAAUGUGGUAUGGUCCAAAUUUACAAAGAUCAUACAAGUAUAUGAUAUUUGCUUCAAAGAUGCCGUCUCUGAGGAUCGACCAGAGUGAUCUGAAAUGUAAGAAUGGGUGUGAUUACUAUGGCAACCCGCAGUGGCAAGGAUAUUGUUCCAAAUGCCACAGGGAACAGUUACAGCGACAGAGAAGGGCUGAAAAGGCGUUAGCGGCGUCCGCGUCAGCCACAUUGCCGCGACAGGAGCAGAAGAAGCCGGAGCGCGGACUCAAGCUAUCGUCUCACUCCUCCUUCUCCAAAUUCGAGGAGAAACGCCUGCGUCAAAGCGAGACUCUCAAGAAGGCUAAUUUACUUAAAUUUAGCGUCUUCAAGAAAAGUAGCGCAGAUGAGCAAGAGCAAUCAGGGAGAAGACCGCAAGAGUUUAAGAUCCCGUCGAUGGUGUACGAAGGUAUGAAGCGUGAUUUCCGCACGCACUUCCCGCAGCUGCCGGCGCAGGCGGACCGCGACACGCGCGUCUUCGCGCACUCCUUCAUCAUGGACGUUAUCAAGUGCUCCAAUGUUAUGUCGGUCGAUGAACUGUCAGAAAGGGUGCAGAGACAGUAUCAGAGGUUCAUCCGGCACAUGGACACGUCGCAGCACUUCGCCGGCCUCGAGCAGGACAUCAAGGAGCAGCUCAUUGACUUUGUGGAGAAGCAUGUCAUGACAUAUUUACAUGAACUGCCGGGCGUGGUGUUCUCGCCGGCGGGCACGGAGGACGAGCGGCUGGACCGCGCGCUGUCGGAGCGCAUCCAGCAGCUGGGCUGGGUGGGCGAGCGCCACCUCGACUGCGACCUGGACCGCAGCGACGCCGCCUGCCGCCAGCUGCUCUACAAGGCCAUCAGCGAGCUGCUGGGCAUGGACGGCAGCCUGUCGCCGGGCGGCAAGCUGUCGCGCGUGCGGCGCUGCUGCCGGCACGUGCUGGCGCUGUGCGGCGCGCCCGCCUCCGCCGACGAGCUGCUGCCCCGCCUCAUAUUCACCGUGCUGAAGGCGAACCCGCCGCGGCUGGUGAGCAAUAUUAACUUCGUGACGCGCUUCUGCAACGCGCAGCGCCUCAUGACCGGCGAGGGCGGCUACUACUUCACCAACCUGUGCUGUGCGGUUUCCUUCAUCGAGAACCUCACGGCGGAGUCUCUGAACAUGGAUAAGCAGGAGUUCGACUGCUACAUGGCGAUGCCCGCAUCCAUCGGCGGUAGUGCAUGGGCGGCGGCGCUGUCGCUGUGCGCGUGCGCGCGCGAGGCGGAGGAGCAGCUGGCGCACGCGGACCGCCUGCUGCAGCAGCUCGAACAGCUGGACGCGCAGUCUAAAGCGCUCGCUGAUAAUGCCGCGAACUUCGAGGAGCAAAUAGCAAAGAAAGUGCAAGAUGUUCUAGCUAAAACACCAUUGGAGAUCAAACCGCGUCGCGAGUUGCCGAGGUUCGGUAAAUUCAAGAACAUCGCAGCGGCGCCACUUAUUGACAUCGACACACCGCACCAGUCAGAAACACCACACCAAUCAAACACAGAAAUACAGAAAGAACAUGAAAUCCCAGUCGUUGAAACUACAAUAAUAGAAGAUAAACAAGAGAUGCUCGACUUCCAAGUUCUAGAAAAACCAUCACCAUCAAAAUCUCCCAACAAUCUGGAUGAGAAAUGGGAUCUAAAGCAGACCAACUCUAUGGAACUCCUUACACCAUCACCGCUCGGUUUCACACCCUUUGAUUCCAGAUCUAUCGAUGAACUGGUCACUCCAGAGGACUUAGCACCGGGACUAAGUAACAUUAACUAUGAUAUAGAUUUAUCAGACUUUAGUGGAGAUAACAGCUUGGCUGAAGAUCCACCGAAGUGUGAACAUAAAGAUCCAUUCAGCCCGGACGGUAUCAAGGAAUUUGAUCCAUUCGCUCCUAUACCUUCCCGUAGUGAACACAGCGCUGUACUAGAAACAUUUGACGAGUUCUCUUUAGUUGAUGCAAGGAAUAUGAGUUCUGAAGCAUUUGAGGUAGUACACAGGGGACGGGAUCCGUUCAGUCCGGUUCUGACUGAAGCGGAUCCAUUCAGUGCAAACCAACAUGCUUCGUUAUUAGACGAUAAGGAGUCUCCUACAGCUGAAUGUUUACUUCCAUCGCCGUUGCAGCCUCAGACUAGUAAAUCUACUUAAGUUUUUAAAUUAACACUAAUUAGCAGGAUGGCCAGCUAGUGGACUGCCUCUCCCUCUACUUUAGGGUAGUUUUCGAACCCCUCAUUGGGAAUAUAAAGUGAGCUGGUGAUGAUUGAUGUUAUAAAAUAUAUGCUAAAGAAAACUAAAUGUAUUGCAUGCAAAUAGUUAUAAGGAUUUAUGCAAAUAAUGGAUUACCAAUGAUUACCCAAUAUUUAUGGAUAUCCAUGGUAAUGGAUAUAAGCAAUGUAAGAGAUCCAUUCAGAACUCACAUAAUAUUGUAAAUUUUGAUUAGUGUAUUGUAUUUUAAAAUUUAGAAAAUAUAUUUUUAAAAUUAGCUGUCGAAUCUCAGAAUCUGAAACUUCUAAUGUAAAAAAAAAAUCGUUUUCAACACAAUUAUUGUAGGUAUGUUUAAUUAGUUUUAAUUUAUUGAAAUGAUUUUGUUCAUCACAAGUUAUGUAUAGCUAUUUAUAAAUAUAUUUAGAAUCUAAGCCAUGUUAUUUGUUAAAUAAAGGAAUCACAA